AUGGCUGCUUUUCAGGACAGAUUACAGCAAUACAAGUACAUGGAAUUGUCCAAGAAACAGCAGUUAGGCGAUUUGAAUAUCAAAAUCCCAGACAUUGAAAAAAAUUUGGCGGUGAUCCGCCUUUUGAAGAAGAAAAAGGAAGCUGAAGGAGAGGAGGACCAAGAGAUGGAAGUGAAUUAUGAGUUGGAUAGUACUUUAUACACUAAAGCCGUUGUCAAUACAGAAAAAUUGGAUUCUGUCUACUUGUGGUUGGGCGCUGAGGUGAUGUUGGAGUAUCCACUUGAUGAUGCCGUGGAUCUUUUAAACACUAGGUUAGAGAACAAUCGCAAAGAGCUCACCACUGUCGAAGAAGACCUAGAGUUUUUGAGAGAAAACAUUACUACCAUGGAGGUGAAUACUGCCAGAUUGUACAACUGGGACGUCGAAAGAAGAAAGCAUAUGCGAGCAGUGGAAGAAGGCAGCAAGAACUUGAAGAUAUAG